UAGCGCUUAAGUCGGGCCUGUGGGUUCUGUGCGAAAAACUAACGCGAAAAUCGUUCGCCGAUUGUGUUAAAGUUAUCUAAGGAUAUUUCAAGCAUACGGCAAGUUCAAAUGAAUUAAAAUAAGUCGGUUUAGUAGUGGUUUGGUUACUUUGAGUGCGAGAAGUUGGCGCCAACUUCGGGGAUUUGGCGGGUUAUUGUGACCUAAAUUUCGUGUAAUCGUGCAAAUGCGUGUUAAAACGUUCAAAUAGUUGCAUUUGUGUGCUUGUUGAAGUAGAAACUUUUCACGUACGUGCUUCGGAGGGAAUCAGGGUGUACCAAGUGAGGGGAUAGGAGGCACGUAGGUGGCGAUUUUUUCGAAAAUUGGUCACGUGGCGCCGAUCAUCAAUCUCGGACUGUAACGGAAUCGGCUUUGUUUGUCUCAAAUGCUCGCACCUGCUUAAGUCAAGGACAGGGGCUUUACGACGGGAAACAGUCCUUUUGCGCCGAAAUCGAUCGCUCGGUAGCCUAGCAAUUCCCAACACAAACACGUGUUGCGGUUCCCAAUGAGCAGAGGCGAAUUGAACAUCUCGCGCUGGCUGGAGGCCCACUCGGACCGCAGCGCCGGGCUUAACACCUUCGCCAGGAACGCCAUCCUGGCCGACGUCUGCGGCGACGGUGACUUCCGACUAGUCCUCACCGAUGUCCGGCUCGAGGCCGAUAAGCGCAGUCGGCUUAAAGUCUACAAAGGGACUCUCCUGACGUCGGAUCAGGUCCUCCCAGACAUCCCCAGCUCCCUCAUCAGCUUCUACUCCGAUGAGUUGGAGCCGAGGGUGCCGUCAAUAGCCGUAGCUUGCGGUUCGGACCUCCUCAUUUACAAGAACAACAAACCGUUUUACAAAUUUUGCGUCCCCCCAAGCCCCAUCACCCCACUGGAGGAGGAAACGUGGAAACGUUUCGGGGAACCUAACUGCGACUUUGCCCAAGUCAUGACUGACCUAAAAUCGGUCAGGUUCAACCAGCUGAGUGCCCGCAGCCAGGAACUGUUGACUCUCCCUCCGGAACAAGUCCCGGAGUACAUCACUCGGUUCACAGGACUGACUCCUUUGAAGACCUCACCUAUUGUUAGCAUGACCACGCUGAAUCGCUUCAGUGAGGACAAAAGCGCAAUCGCGUGCCCUGUCCUAGGCACCGAAAGCGGGAUAAUCUACAUCCUGGACUCCCAAACGUUCACGAUUUUGCACCAAGCCGACGUCUGCAACGUGCGAACAACUCCUGCUAUUAUUAAAACAGCAGGAAUGUUCGAUGUUGAGUACCGUAUUGUUAUAGCUUGCCGCGAAAACAGCAUUUGUGUUCUUCGCCGAGGUUGGUUGGAGGGCAAGUCGUUGAUACAAAUGACCGAAGACAUCGUGGACAUGGUUUUGGUUCCGGGUGAUAACUUCAUAGUUGUCGCCACGGCGAGCAAAUUCCUGCACUGCUACACCAAGAGGGGCCAGAGGGUUUGGUCGGCGCCUGUGUUCAGCCCAGUGACUUGCCUCUGCCUCGUGCCUUUGAAGCACCUGAGCACGCACUUGAUCGCAGUGGGCUUGAAGGGGGGCUCAGUCCAUUUGUACCACGGCCGCCAGCCUGUUGAUUACACCAACUCACCUGACUCCCCCUCGGCGCUGGUUUUCGGCCAAUUGGGUCAAGAAGAACACGUUAUGGUCGUAAUUACCAUGGCAGGGACGAUUAAUUUUAAAAUAUUGAAGCGCACUGCUGACUUCAAUCUGUCGAAUCAGGAUAAGCUCGCGGCGCCGACUUUGCAAACCAAGCCGUUGCCCCUUCCGAAAAGAAGUAAAUUAUUUAUAGAGCAAAGCAUGAGGGAGCGGCAGAAUCCGAUCGAGAUGCAUCAGAGUUUUCAGGAGGACUUGGUCAGGUUGCGACUGACUGCAGCCAGGGCUCUGGUGCACAGUCUGACUGACCAGUCGGGGGCUGGGAAUGCCCAGGAGGAGAUUAAACUGUCGGCGCAAGUCCUAGGUUUGGGGCCCAAGUUUACCCUAAUUCUGACCCUAGAAAACAUGAAUGCGGAAAAACCGAUUUACAAUUUUUUGGUAGUGUUCCAUGCCAAGCCCUCCGUUUACAAACUAUCGACUUAUGUGGUUUUCGUGCCCCUAAUUCCGCCCAGCCUGUCGUACAAAAUGGAGACCAAGGUGACCGAAGUUUUGACAAAUGAGGGGGUUCCCCAACCACCACAAGCCAUCCGAGUCUUUGUCAUGCGAAAGGAGCAAGCCAACCCUGUCCUUGCCGCUAGUAUUAACAUGCCACCGACUGACAUGACCGGCUUGUUACUCUAACUUUUGAAUAAAACGUUUAGUUU